ACCACAACAUGCUCUCGUUGAUAAUUGUCGUUUCAUGUGUAGCCGUCGUUUAAUAAUCGUUCUCGUAUUGUGAUAACCGUCUGUUUGGUGAUCAGUGCAGGAGACCAUCGUUCGCUAACCAUCAUCCAGCGCUGACUGAUACUCGUCCCCAUUGGCUACUACGACAUCGGACUCUUAUGAACAAUUGCUGUUUUAUGACAAUCACCUUCUCUAAUUGUCGUUUGAAUAACCCAUCCUCCUGUAUCGUCAUAACCAUCAACUUGUAUGGUGUCCAAGAUGAAAUCCUCUACUUUAUGCCUUUUAUUGAUGGAUAUUUUUCUUACCCAAGUAUUGACUGGGGCCAUAGCCAAUCAAGCGAGCAAACGUCGACUAUUUGAAGAUCUUCUGUUUAGAAGUGGUUAUGCAGUCCAUGUGAUACCAGUGAACGAUGAAACAGGGCCGGUAACUGUGGGUCUAGGUUUAAGAUUAACUGGUUUAAUCAGUAUGGAUGUCAAGUCGGGACAACUGGAUGUAAAUGCCAUGCUCCAGCAGAAAUGGGUGGAUGGAAGGUUGAGAUGGAACAGUUCAGAUUAUGGAGAUAUUAAGACGUUAGCAAUUCCAGCCUCUGACUUGUGGAAGCCAGAUAUUAUUUUAUAUAACGGUAUUGGCGAAGAACAAGCAUUUCACGACGACACAAUACUUCUUGAACACACCGGAAAGCUCCGAUGGAUACGGUCAUUGCGCAUGCAGGUUCGAUGUGACCUAAAUUUAGCAACAUUCCCAUUUGAUAAUCAGACUUGUAAAUUCAAAUUUGGAUCAUCCAUACACCACAUGCAUACACUUAAUAUGACGUAUGUCAAUGAUGACGUAGCACUGGCCUUCGAAAUUGAGAUGGAUGAAAGUGGAAAAUACUGGAUGUUAGUAAAUCAUACGGCCGGGUUAAAGGUCAAACACUACAGCUGUUGUUCUUAUCAAACUAUGGUAUAUACUGUGGUACUUGAGAGGAUUUCAAUAUAUUAUAUACACGUUUAUAUUCUACCUGCUGUCAUCUUGGCUUUACUGAUUCCAUUUCAACUUUUUCUACCACCAGAAUCAAGAGAAAGACUCACACUCGGUUCUAUAUUGAUAAUAGCUAAUAUAAUGAUGAUAUUCAAACUUCAAGAUGUUCUACCAAUGCAACAUGCGACGCUAUCAUUACUCGAUAUCUUCUAUAGUUUAAAUCUGAUCUGGUCAUUCCUCGCUUUACUAGCAACUAUAUGUGUUCUAAAUGUACAUAACAGAGGACCUAGACGAGGCAAGGUGCCCGAUAUCAUUAGAUCGGUUUUCUUAAGCUGUCUGAAACCUAUCGUGUGUUUGGAAAAUGACAAUUACUAUCCGGUUAUUUCAACUGGUUGUGUUCCAAUGAAAGACUUUGCAAGUCCUUCUGGGUUAAGCACAGAACAUGAUGGACACAGAGACGGUAAAAAUGGAUCAAAGUUAGAGACUGACGUUGAAGAUUUAAACAGACAGGUGUGUCUUUUAACAGCACGUGCUCGUACGAACGAAGUAAAAGAGGAAAUGCUUGGUGAAUGGCGUCAAGUAUCUCUUGUACUGGAUCGUGUUCUCUUUUUUCUUUUCAUGUUCACUAUUUUCAUAUAUACAGUUGUUCUACUGUAUAUCGUAUUUUGAUAUGAUAUACAGUUGUUCUACUGAGAUAGGAUUUAUUGUAUUUUGAUAUAUACAGUUGUUCUACUGGGAUAGGAUUUAUUGUAUUGUUAUAUAUACAGUUGUUCUACUGGGAUAGGAUUUAGUGUAUAUCGAUACAAACAGUUGUUCUACUGACAUAGGUAUUCUUGUAUAUUGAUAUAUACAGUUGUUCUAAUGUGAUAGGAUUUCUUGUAUUGUUAUGUAUAGAGUUGUUCUACUGUAAAUACAAUUGUUCUACUGUAUAUUGUAUUUUCAUGUAUGCAGUUGUUCUACUGGGAUAGAAUUGAUUGUAUAUUGAUAUAAACAGUUGUUCUACUCUGAUAGGAUUUAUUGUAUUAUUAUGUAUACAGUUGUCCUGAUGGGAUAUGAUUUAUUGUAUUUUAAUAUAUACAGUUGUUCUACUGCACAGGAUCCAUAGUAUUUAUAGGAUUUACUGUUUUUCUACUGACAUGAAUUUAAUCUGUGUAAUAUUUCAUUUAUAUCCCUACACCCGUAUGAAAUGAGUCAACAAAUUAUAAUAUAAGAUAUGGCUCUUAGACAGGCUGUGUCUAUUCCAUAUACUCAGAUAUGUGAAUUAAAAUAUGUGAAUUAAAAUAUGUUAAUUAAAAUAUGUUAA